GAUUAAUUUUAGCAGCAGUUUAUUUCAAAUUAUCGAGGCGGGUUAAAUUAAAUGAACCACCUCUUGUUUAUUAUCGAUUUCCAAUUAUCGGACAUACAUGGAGUUUUUUAAUGGACUGUGAAAAAUUAAUUUUAGAAUCACGAGAAAAGUAUGGAGAGACAUUCUCAAUAUAUGCAUUUGGUCAAAUAAUGACCAUAGCUGGGAAUGAAGCAACUUACGAAAUAUUAAAAAACGAUCAAGAAUUUAGUUUUUUCGAAGCCGUUAAAAAGAAAAUACCAUUACAUAUCAUAUUUAAUAAUGUAGAUCAUGGGAAAAAUAUUAAAAUAAUAAGGGAAUAUGCUAUAGGAAAAUUAAGAAAUCUUCUGGGCAGGUUACAAAAAGAAGUUAUUAAGGCCAUAGAUCUUUAUAUUGGUGAAUGUAUUGAACCAAAGGUUAUUCAUGAUCCAGACAAAACUUUAGCAAAUAUUAUUGUAAUUCCAGUUGCUAAUUUUGUUGUGGGUGAAUUAGAUGGGUUACAAUGUUACUUAGAUGACCCCGAAAUAAAUCCUGAUAACGAUCCAAAUAAUGUAAAUUAUAAUUUUAUUGUUGAUGCAAUCUGCAUUUUUAUUUUUGUUGCUAUAGGAUCUACGAUUAAGCAUGCUACCCUUGUUUUAUAUGAUUUGAUAAAAAGGAAACAAUAUUGGCACGAAUUAUAUCAAGAAGCUCUGGAAAUUAAUAAGCAGUGUAAUGGAAAAGAACUUACAUAUGAUGAUAUUCAUAAUAUGGUGAAGUUAGAUGGUUUUGUUAAAGAAUCUUUAAGAUUAGCAACUAAUGAUCAUAUAGUUGGUUUGGCACACUUAUGUAUUUCUAAAUCCUAUUAUACGUUUGCAAAUGGAUAUCAAAUCCCAAAUGGUCGUAUGGUCCUUUUAAACUAUAUUGAUUCGCAUAAUGAUGAAGAGCUUCAAGGUCAAAAUCCCACAGAAUUUCAUGCAUAUCGUCAUUUAGAGCGUAAUUCUCCUGCAACAAAAAUUGGACGCAAUAAUAAAGCUAUACAACUAUGGGCUAAGCUAGUUGUAAGCAAUAAAAUCUUUUUAAUGCAAGUGAUUAUUAAAGAAAAAUAUCCUUUAAAUGAUGUUUUCAAUGCAGAUAAAAUAGUGUAA